AGGCGGAGGCUGGAGUCUAGAGAGUUACUCGUUCAACAUGUUCCGAAAUCUAGUUUCACAAGGCAACCUGCUGCUGACGAAGGACUGGCCUCAACGCCUGCUGUUCUUCUCUUGGUACCUCUUCUGUCUUGUGGUGUCAGCUCUGUAUUCUGGAACACUUACGGCAGUCCUGGCCAUUCCAGCUUACGAAAAGCCCAUAGACUUUCUAGAAGACCUUCCUAGGGCCGUCAAGGAAGGCUAUACCCUAGGUGUCAUGGAGGACUCCAGUAACGAACUUCUUUUCAGGGAAGCUGACAGUGGUAUCUACAAACAGACCUGGGACUUAUUUAACCACAAGGAUCGAUCGCAAAGCUUUGUAAAUAGUCCUGCCACUGGGAUAGAGAGGGUGCUGUCAAGGAAAUUCGUCUACAUAGGCCCAACGACCUACACACAGAGCUUAGCGGCUAAGCUCGGAAGCCAUAAGUUCCACUUCGGACGAAGCUCCUUCUACCAACAGAAUAUCGUGAUUAUCUGCGUCCCUGGAGUGCCUUACAGAGAAGUCUUUAACGAACUUUUACUCAGAAUGGUAGAAGGAGGCUUGGUGGAGAAAUGGAAAGACGAUGAGAUAUUCUCUACUUCGAGGAAAGACUCGGUUAAGGAAGAGUCUUCGAAAAUAUCAGCCAUCACUCUGACCCAUCUUCAAGGCGCUUUCUUCAUCAUCGCCGUUGGCUCCCUGAUGUCUACUGUGGUCCUACUGGCAGAGAAUCUAAUGAACUACUGUGAGCACACCACCAACAAUACACCGUAGCCAACGAGAUACGAUACUACGAGAACUGCGUAACCUUACCGUUGUAAACAAAAGACAGUCGUA